AUGCCAGGUGCGGAAGCUCCUCAUGAUGUUCUCCAAAAGAAAAGCCGAAAUAAAACCGAAAACCGUAUAGUCAUUGUGAGAGUAUUGCUACUAUUAAAAAAAACAACAACAAAAAAACAAUUAGACCAAGAGACCAAAACCCGACCAAGAGACCAAGACCCGACCAAGAGACCAAGAGACCAAGACCCGACCAAGAGACCAAGAGACCAAGACCCGACCAAGAGACCAAGAGACCAAGAGACCAAGACCCGACCAAGAGACCAAGAGACCAAGACCCGACCAAGAGACCAAGAGACCAAGACCCGACCAAGAGACCAAGACCCGACCAAGAGACCAAGAGACCAAGACCCGACCAAGAGACCAAGACCCGACCAAGAGACCAAGAGACCAAGUGACCAAGACCCGACCAAGAGACCAAGAGACCUAGAGACCAAGACCCGACCAAGAGACUAA